AUGUCGGGAAAAGAGCGAAGCCCGCGGCACCGACCCUGGUCCGUCUACAGGGCCAACACCUUUGAUCUGUCAGCGGAGAUGAUGGGACUGGCCCUCGCAGGAACUAGUCAGGACCCAGACGAGCCGGUGCUGGAGUUCAGUCUGGCGUGCAGUGAACUGGUGGCUCCUGCUCUGGACCGUAAGCCCAGCAGCUUUGUGGCCGUGAGCUGCACCACUCCGCCACAGGCCUUCUGGACCAAGCACGCUCAGACCGAGAUCAUCGAGGGCACGAGUAACCCCAUAUUCCUCAGCAGUAUCGCCUUCUUCCAGGACUCUAUGAUCACGCAGCAAACUCAGAUCAAACUGUCUGUUUAUGACGUCAAGGACCGAACACAAGGAACGAUGUAUAUGUUAGGCUCCGCCAUGUUUCCAGUUAAAGAGCUGCUCCAGGACAAGCACCACCGGCUGCACUUGACCCUGAGGUCAGCAGAGAGCGAGCGCGUGGGGAACAUCACUGUGAUCGCCUGGCAGUUGGACGAGAAGAGAGACCAGAAAACUCCUGGCUCCAGGUUACAGAGAGGAGACACCGUCAAUGGAAGGAUGGUCCUCUCUGUGGACCAGAGCCUCACUGAAUCCAUGGGCAUCAAGUCCAAGUCCUCCUCCAUCUGUAAAGACCCUCUGCUGAAGGCUGUGUUUGGAGGAAUUAUGUCGCGUACGUACCGAUUCCCCAUGACGGACGGAAACCACCUCCGCAUCCUGGAGCAGAUGGCGGAGAGCGUCCUGUCGCUGCACAUUCCUCGACAGUUUGUCAAACUGCUGCUGGAGGAGGACGCUGUCAGAGUGUGUGAGCUGGAGGAGCUGGGCGAGCUGUCUCCAUGUUGGGAAAACCUCCGCAGACAGAUCAUCACCCAGUACCAGACCAUCAUCCUGACCUACCAGGAGACCAUCAGUGACCUGCACGAAUACAAGGGGCCUUCAUUUAAGUCUAGUACUUUAAAAACAGAGAGGAAGUUGGAGUUUAUUCCCACGAACCUGCACAUUCAGAGGAUGAGAGUCCAGGGAGAGUCGGGCUAUGACCGAACUUAUGACGUGGUAACUAUCGGGGCUCCUGCAGCACAUCACCAGGGCUUUAAAGGCAGUGGACUCCGCAAAAUGGUGCAGAAGCUCGAUGAUGCCAGGAAACUCACCUAUGCAGAAGAUAGUUCUUCUAGCUCCGCCUACAAAGGAAUGCCCCACCAGCAGCAGGACAUGGUGAAGGCCAAAGAGCUGAUUGGACAGAUUAACACUCUGAAGACACAAGUUUGUUACUACAUUGAGCGUUUGUCUCGAGCUGCAAAAGAACGUUCAUCAAAUGCAAUGGAGAGGACCCUGGCCAUCCUCAAAGAGAAGACACAUCAGCUGGUGGCAGUGUGCGACUCCAAACUACUGUCCACUGCCAUUUUAGCCCUGGCCGCUGCCCGUCCCGAGUCACCACGUCAGAGCAUGCCUUCGCCCUCGGCCUCCUCCCUCUCUCCCUCCUCCAGGUCCCCCUCUCGCUCCCCCUCCCAACACCCCACCUCCCCCUCCCGGCCCCUCAUAUCACCGUCACGUCAAAUAGUUCCACCUGACUCCAGCGACAGCAGUAAGAGGCUGUCUGUGCAGACCAACGAAGACGACUGGGAAAGUAUGUGGAUGAAUGUGGAUAAAGGUCUGGAGUGUGUGAUCCAGAGAGUGGAGCGACUGCUGCAAAGAGACCAAAUCCAAAGCGACAGCAGCUCGGAAGACGUUUUCCUUCUUGCAAAUGAGGAUCAAAGCUCGUCAAAUAAAGACAUCAGCCCAGUGGUUGAAAAGACGUCUCCUGCUGAGUGGGGGGAGAUAUUGUUCCCAUUGCUCACUGCGCUGUCGGACCGUGUGACCCUCAUGAGCGACAAAGCAAAGAAAGCAAUGAUCUUUGUGCUGAUGCAAGACUGUGCUCCCACUAUCGCCAUGAGCCUCACCGUCCAGUACCGGCGAGAUGUGGUCUUCUGCCAAACACUAACAGCCCUGAUCUGUGGCUUUGCCCUGAAGUUGAGAACAAGUCUGGGUGACGCAGGAUUUCUCCGGCAGCUCCAUACCAUCGGUUUAUUGGUGCAAUACGAAGGCCUCCUCAGCACUUAUGGGGAGGAGCUGGCCAUGCUGGAGGACAUGAGCAUCGGCGUCAUGGACUUGAGAAACGUCACCUUCAAAGUUACACAAGCGACUUCGGCGUUCGCACCGGACAUGCUGCCGGUGAUCACGGGAAACCGAGCCGGCUUUAACGUCCGGGUGCCUCUGCCGGCGGCCAUGUUUGAGUCGUUGCCGCGGGAGAUCCAGAACGGAAUGUUGCUGCGCGUUCAGCCAGUCCUGUUUAACGUGGGCAUCAACGAACAGCAGACCCUGGCAGAAAAGUUUGGUGACACAACAUUACAAGAAGUGAUCAAUAAUGAAAGUAUGGCACGUCUCGGCUCUUAUCAUGACCAGUUCAAAGAGGUUUUACCGGCGGAUUGUCUCCCUCGCUCCCGCAGCAGCACCAGUCUCUCUGAGCUGCUCAAACAGCUGAGCCAAAACGUCCAAGCCAAGAAAAACAAAAACGUGGAGAUUUUGUGGCAGGCCGCCGAGGUUUGCCGCAGACUGAACGGUGUGCGCUUCACCAGUUGCAAAAGCGCUAAAGACCGAACAGCGAUGUCGGUCACUUUGGAGCAGUGCCAGAUCCUGGAGCAAGAGCAUGGACUGGCCCCACAGGUGUUCUACCAGGCCUUGGACUGUAUGCGCAGUGAGGGAUGCAGACGGGAAAAUACCAUGAAGAAUGUUGGAUGUCGCAAAUACGCUUUUAAUUCCUUACAGCUCAAAGCCUUCCCCAAACAAUAUCGCCCUCCGGAGGGGACUUAUGGGAAAGUGGAAACAUAA